AUGGAUUCUUCAGUCAGAGGGCUCUUAUGGUUCAUACUCAUCCUCUGUACUCUGCCGCACCUCACCUGCAACAUGGUCUGCCCAAACAGCUGCCUGUGCAACUUUAAUGGCGCCGUCAUGUGUGUUGGCAAUGCCCUCACAGAUAUACCAAAGCAGCUGCCUUCCAACACAUACAUGCUGUUCCUAAAUGACACAAACAUGAAUGUUAUAAAUGAGCAGAGCCUGGCAAACCAGGACCUCGUGUUGCGCUUCAGUUUGACUCACAGCCAUCUACACACCAUCCAUCCCCAGGCCUUCCACGUCGCUCCACAGCUCAAGUCCGUCAAGCUGUCAUCCAAUGAUCUCUCUACACUUCCUGCUCGAGUGUUCAGUCCUCUGACCGCUCUGGAACAGCUGUAUAUUGAUGAAAACCAGUUGGAGACCAUUGCUCCGGAAAUAUUUGAAGGACUUGUUGUGUUACAGCAUCUGGACCUGAGACAAAACAAACUAACUAGUCCUGCUUCAGAUGUUUUUGAUGGACUGACCAACCUCACCUUACUGAACCUUGGCAGGAACUCCAUAAAGUACCUUCCACCUACCAUCUUUCACUCCUUACCCAAACUCCUUAGCCUCUCGAUCUAUAACAACGAGCUUGAGGUGCUAGAAGAUGGGAUAUUUGAUGAACUUGUCAACCUUGAGGAGCUUAAACUCCACCACAACCAGAUAGCCAGCCUCCCACCUCAGGUUUUCUGGUCACUGAGGAACCUGAAGACCCUCACCUUGUCCUCCAACCGAUUUCAGACUAUCCCGGAAAAAAGCUUUUAUAACAUGCCCAUGCUGAGCCAGCUUACCAUUUACAACAACCCACUGCUAUCUCUACCAGACGAGCUGAUGGGUCACAUGCCUGAGAUGAGAGAAUUUUAUCUGUAUAAUACUAAUCUCACUACUGUUCCUGGAAACUUAUUCGCUAAUAUGUCUGGGCUGCUGCGCCUUAAUUUCCAUUUAAAUUACAAACUGAGGGAGUUGCCUUCAGACCUUUUUUGCUGUCUUCCCGUCCUUCAGAAACUCUCGCUGAAAUCCAACAACCUCCAUCAUCUACAUCCUCAGCUCUUCUCCAGACUAACCAAACUGGGCCUGUUGUUUCUAAAUGACAAUAAGAUUCAGAAUAUACCGGAAAAAACUUUUCAGGGCCUUGGAGAGCUUUUGACCAUCGAUUUGAAGAAGAACCACCUCAACAAUCUUCCAGGACAUAUUUUCUUACCAAAUACAGCUUUGAGGUCUCUUACACUGAGUGACAACCCCUGGGAUUGUACUUGUGGUAUCCGAGGUAUUGCAAGAUGGAUAAGACAUAAUCAACAUGUGGUCAUAGACAAAGAGGAUGUGAUGUGUCAAAGUCCAAUGUACCAACUGCUCCGUACGAUUGUCUCUCUGCGUGAUGAGGAGUUCAACUUCUGUGAUACGACAACAGUCCCAAGUUUUCCUACACUGAACGAGUUGCAUGAGACAGCACAACCAUUCCACACCAUUUCAACAAUUGGACAAAAAACAGCUUCAACAACCUCACUACCUGGAGCAACAUCAGCCACCACUGAAGGAGCUACCCAACAAGCCACCAUCCCAGCAACCACUAAACCUGCAGAUUCAACCACCUCGGAAGUCAAAACACACUCAACAUCCCUCCACACUGUAAGCACCACUCUACCUAGUGAAGAGUUUCCUCUCGUUUCUGAGACUGACUCAAUUCAUUGUAAGUCAGCUCCUUUCUAUGACAUACUGGUGGUUGAACAGGGGCCAGAGUUUGUUCACCACAACUUUCACAGGGGCUGGGUGUAUGUCUGGUAUCUGCCCUCAGAUAUAACAUUGGCUGGCCUCCACAUGUUUUGUCAUAUCCUUCUUGUGGCUGCAGGCUUGUUCCUCAUUCUUGCUGCCAUGUAUAGUAUCUAUCGCCUCGGCAAGACCAUGGAUAAGCUGAAGGCUGAGCGCGCACAUAAUGAAGGGUAACAAAACAUGUUAUCAGGCCUGGUGCAUGAGAGACCAAGAUAAACUGUCCUUUUGCACAAGCUGCAGCUAAUAUAAGAUUACUAUUGUUUGUUGCUUGUAUUGAUGAUGAUUUAGAUGUAUCUUCAAGUGUUACUUUUGAACAGCUAGACUUGGAAUAAGGAAUUAAAACACACCAAAAAAUGAAGCUGAAGGUAUUUUAAGAUAGCAAAUAAAACAUGUAAAGAUUUAAUAUAAUAGAAGACAUUAUAUGAUACAGGUUGUAAGCUUUAAAAACAAAGCUGUGCUAAUGUUAAUCAAUUUAUAUAUUAUACAAAUUAUUUCUUCAUACUUUUAUAUAAAUGUAAGGAUUGGUUGAUUAAACAAAUAGUCAACUAAAAGAAAAUUAAUCAGCAACUGUUUUGUUCAGCUGUACAACAGUUUACGUCACUCUUCUGGCCAAAAUGCAGAACAUAGCCGCAGCUUUUCAAAAGUUCUACUUUUCUCUGUUUUGUAUAUCAGUUAAUUACUGUACAUCUCUUUGGAUUUUGGACAAGUGGUUUAUGACAUUUUGUAAACUAAACAAUGAAUUUAUUUAUCUGGAAAAUA